GUUUCCAUCCGUACCGUUUAGACGUUACACCAACAUGUCCAUGCUAGAUGCUGUGACCGCUGUGGUGCAAAUCUGUUAUUCAACGCUUUAAAUCGUGUGUAACGCCGUAGAUGUAGCAUCGCAUUAAAACAGAGGGUUUGGGGGUAUUUUAUAAUAAACCAGAACCAUGGCUCGGGUUGUCAAAGUGUUCCGGACUCUACGGAACCAUUGGAAGAAGUCCACGUUUGCUGUGUGCGUCUUCUCCUAUGGAGGGUACUGGCUGUAUGGUAAACGCUGUGACAGUGUUCUGCGCAGAGAGGCUUGUCUACUGGCCAGGGAAUUUGGGCGUCAGCAGAUAGCGCCUCAGGAGCGACUGAGGAAAGCAACGGUGAUCUUAAACCCUGCAGCUUGCAGUGGGAAAGCCAACAACCUGUUUGAAAAGAACGCUGCUCCUAUUUUACACCUGGCUGGUGUGGAGAUAACAAUAGUGAAGACGGAUUAUGAAGGCCAGGCAAAGAAACUGAUAGAGCUGAUGGAGCAAACGGACAUGCUGAUCGUGGCCGGAGGAGACGGGACGCUGCAGGAAGUCAUUACAGGUUUACUACGGAGGCCAGAUCAAGACACCUUCAGCAACACACCGAUUGGAUUCAUUCCACUCGGCUCUCACAAUUCUUUAAGUCCGAGUCUCCAUCUGCUCAGCGACAACAAGGUCAGGGACAUCACAUCAGCGACACUGUCUAUCCUGAAAGGAGAAACCGUACCUCUGGAUGUGCUCCAAAUCAAAGGGGAGAAGGAGCAGCCGGUCUUCGCUCUGAUGGGGCUGCGUUGGGGGGCUUUCAGAGAUGUGGCUGCAACCAUCAGCAAAUACUGGUAUCUUGGACCACUGAAAACGAAUGCAGCACAUUGGUUUAGCACGUUAAGGGAGUGGCCCCUGGUCCGGGACGUCUCAGUUUCCUACUUGGCCCCGAACCUCCGGCCCCCCAACCAGCCUCCUCAGAAGCCCCCCAGACCAAACCUCCUGUACCGGAUCAUCCGCAGGCUGAAGAACUACUGGAACCCACCGGUGGAAGAGCCUCCAAAAGAGGAGGAGCCGGAGCAGUGGGAGGAGCAGCAGCUGUCCACAUUAGAGCUCUUUAUUCAAACUCACAACAAAAACCCAGUGGAGCGGCGCAUAAACGACUCCCUGAUGAUCUGUGCCGAACCCAGCGACCUCAGCGUGGGCGAGUUCAUUACUGUUGGAAAUAAAAAAGCAGAAGAUCCAACUUUAUUCACUAAAAACUCCUCAAAAGUGGAAGCCAGUGCUUGCCAGCUGCACCUGCCAGAGGGUGCCGGUGGCUUCUACAACAUCGACAACGAGGAGUACGAGGCCAUGCCUGUGGAGGUGAGGCUGUUGCCACGGAAACUGCGAUUCUUCAUCAGUGCAGAGCGCCGAGAGCAGCUCCUCUCUCAGAUGCAGUGAUGAGAGAUGCAAAACCAGGAGGAAGACCAGAGCAGCGGGAGGAAGAACUGAGUCUGAGAGACACGGAAAAGCAAAAGGACUAGAUGCCAUCGCAACCGGAGUUCAUCGGGAGAAACGGACUUUUGCUUCUCCAGCAGUUUUCUGACAGUUUGAAUCCGUUUUACGACAUAUACGGUUAUUUUUAACCAGUCACAAGCAAGAUAACAUUACAGGCUGUUGUCUAUGAAAGGACCAAGGCUUGUUUUCUGAGCCAGUGACCAGAUACAGAAACAUGUUUACUAUGACCAUCAUAUUUAUCAUCAAUAAAAACAAUCUGUCCACCUAAA